AUGAAAGAAAAGGCAAAUUUUAGCGGCUCUAACACCACCGCAUCAACAGCCACCAACAACUCAAUCCCACAACCGAUCUCUUCCAACACCGCCAAACCUUCGACCUCGGAAACGUCCAUCACCCAUGUUGAAAAUCGCUCUGGUCGUCGCGAUGGAAAGCGAGAGCUCACCGAAGAGGAAGCUUAUGACAAGCUUGGAUAUUCUUUUCCAACAUGGCGCAAAUGGAUGAUUCUCUCUGUCAUCUUCGCCAUCCAAGUUUCAAUGAACUUCAACGCGGCUGUAUACCCAAACGUCGCUCAGGAUCUUUCCGACCAGUUCAAUAUCAGUCUACAGGCAGCGCGCGUUGGCCAGAUGAUUUUCCUGGUCGCGUAUGCCUUUGGUAGUGAACUAUGGGCUCCUUGGAGUGAAGAAUUAGGACGAUGGCCAAUUCUCCAGGCUAGUUUAUUUUUAGUGAACAUUUGGCAAAUUCCUUGCGCACUUGCGCCGAAUUAUGGAACAAUCGUAGUAGGCCGUUUCCUCGGAGGUUUGUCUUCGGCGGGAGGCUCCGUAACUUUAGGAAUGGUAGCAGAUAUGUGGGACGCAGAUGAUCAACAGUUCGCCGUUGCAUUCAUCGUUUUCUCUUCUGUCGGCGGAUCUUCAAUCGGCCCGGUCGUAGGAGCCUUCAUACAAAAAUACCUCUCCUGGCACUGGAAUUUCUGGAUCCAACUCAUGUUCGGUGGCUUUGUCCAGGUGGUGCACUUCUUCUUUGUUUCCGAGACGAGAAGCUCGGUUCUCUUGGACCGGGAAGCGAAGCGGCUAAGGAAAGCAGGUCAAACGGAUGUUUAUGGACCUGGUGAACUUAAGGAACAUCGGUUCGAGAUGAAGGAAGUAUUGGCAACGUGGGCUAGACCUUUUGAAAUGUUCGCUCGAGAACCCAUUGUUUUGUGCCUCAGUCUGCUUUCCGGAUUCAGCGAUGGGCUCAUUUUUUGCUUCAUGGAAGCAUUCACCCCCGUAUAUUCACAAUGGGGUUUUGGGACGAUUGAACUUGGAUUGGCAUUUGUUCCGAUCAACAUUGGUUAUGUUCUGGCGUACGCGUCUUACAUGUAUCCCAUAAUCAAACAUCGCCGGAUUAUGAAAAAGGAUCCGACAGCUUUGUCACCCGAAAGUAGGCUUUGGUGGCUCUUAUGGACUGCCCCUUUGGAAGCUAUCGGUCUAUUCGGAUUCGCCUGGACCUCGUUUGGACCUCCGAGGGUGCCUUGGAUCGCUCCGAUGCUCUUUUCGGUACUCAUCGCUAUCGCCAAUUACUGCAUAUACAUGUCUACUAUCGAUUAUAUGGUCGCCGCGUAUGGUGUUUACUCCGCCUCUGCGACAGGCGGAAACGCUCUCGCAAGAGACUUCAUCGCAGGUGUCUCCGCCAUGUAUGCAACCCCUCUUUAUUCUAAUCUUGGUCCCCACUCCCUUCAAUGGGCAUCUACUCUAUUGGCGUUUCUCGCUGCUCUGGUCAUGAUCCCUAUCUAUGUGUUCUAUGUCAAGGGACCACAGAUUCGAGCGGCAUCGAAGUUCGCUCAAACGCUAGCACACGAACGCAUAGAGCAUAAGAAGCACGGAGGUAAGGGUGACGUGGUGAGUAUAGGGGAAAAAGCCCAGGCAGGUAAAAUGGAAGAGGGUGUAUAG